ACUGACUCGCUCCCUCCCGGGCUGCGGCUAUUGGAACCGCGGCGGCGGCGGAGGCGGCUGGGGCCGUCCGGAGGCCGGCGUCGAGGAUCUGCUACUGUCUCUGCUAUCCCCUCCUCCCCACAGGGGCCCUCUCCCGUCUCCCCUCUCAAGAUGGCAGCCAGCCCUUCUGAGGUCUCUGAGGCCAAGGGGGUGGAAGAGAGUCCCGAGACCCAGGGAGAAGGGCCUGGCAAUCCCGAAGCUGGAGCUGGUCCUCUUCCGGUCCUAGCAGGGGUCCCAGAGCAGCCAGAGGCUCUGCAGCCAGGCCCAGACACAACUGCAGCCCCUGUGGACUUGGGGCCCAACGCUGGGCUGGCUCUAGAAACCACAGGGACCCCAGCUGAAGCCCCGGAAACAGCCCAGGCUACAGACCUCAGCUUAAGCCCAGGAGGGGAAUCAAAGGCCAACUCCAGCCCUGGAGAAGUGUCCCAAGAGCCAGCAUCCAAACCAGCAGGGAACAAAGAGCCCACUGCAGCCCAGGGGUCAGAGCAGGAGCCCGCAGCCCCACCUGAGCCAGCCUCAGAGCCUGCUCCCAAGCUAGAGCCCCAGUCAGACCCUCAGCCAGCUUCCCAGCCCACCCCCGAAGCAGCCCUCCAACCGGAGCCCCCUGCCCAAGAAGACCCCACCCUGGAUGUCCUUACCGAGAACGUGGGGGAAAAGCAGGAGAAUGGGGCCGUGGUCCCUCUGCAGGCUGGCGAUGGGGAGGAGGGCCCAGCCCCUCACCCGCACUUGCCCCCCUCAACAAAACCCUCCCCAGCGAAUGGGGCUCCUCCCCGGGUUCUGCAGCAGCUUGUUGAGGAGGACCGAAUAGGAAGGGCUCACGGUGGGCAUCCGGGAUCUCCUCGAGGUAGUCUGAGCCGCCACCCCAGCUCCCAGUUGGCAGGGCCUGGGAUAGAGGGGGGUGAAGGCACCCAGAAACCUCGGGACUACAUCAUCCUUGCUAUCCUGUCCUGCUUCUGCCCCAUGUGGCCUGUCAACAUCGUGGCCUUCGCUUAUGCUGUCAUGUCCCGGAACAGCCUGCAGCAGGGGGACGUGGAUGGGGCCCAGCGCCUGGGCCGAGUGGCCAAGCUCUUAAGCAUCGUGGCACUGGUGGGGGGGGUCCUCAUCAUCAUCGCCUCCUGCGUCAUCAACCUAGGCGGUGAGUGGGGGUCGGGGACAGGCAGGGGAGGAGCGGAAGGGCUGACAAGGGCAGCUUUACUAACCCCUGGCCCUGCUUUCUCCUGUCUGUUCUCCCUACUUCUUUGUCUCUCUUGUCUCCCCCCCUUGCCCUCCCUGUCUCUGUCUGUCCUUCCCUCUCCUCUCCCACAGUGUAUAAGUGAGGGGCUCUGCCCUGCAUCCCAAGACCUUUCUUCCUGUUGGGAGCUGCCUUGGGCCCAUCCCUCCCAUGGGGGGAGCCCAAUCGAUGGCCCUGGCCCCCACCCCUAGGGACCAAGGGAGCCUGAGCGGACUUGUUUACAGCUUCUUUCCUGCUCCUGCAUCCUGCCAGGCUCCUCUGCCAACCGUAGGCCUCCCCGCUCCCUGCACUUCUGUCUGCUGAUCCUUCCCCUCCAGCCUCCUGGCCUCCCUAGCCCCGCACUUGUGGAAACCAACCUGCACAUCUCCCAGUCUCUGUGCUCUCAGCCACCCUGCAUCCCUCCCAGCCUCCCUGCACUUCCAGUCUCCCGGUUUCUCUGAACUUUAACCCUGGCCCGUUCCCAACUUCCACUGUCUUGGCAUCUAACCCGUUCCUCCCCUCCUUCCCUUUAUCAUCUGUACCCCCUUCCCACACCCCCCUUCCUUAUUCUGCCUCUUCCUCACCCCUCAGCAUCCUCUUCACCUUCCUGCCACCGUUUAUUCUGCAAGAACUCCAGCACUUAGACUGUCAGGCCGGGGGAGGUGGAGUGGUGUCUGGACAGGGCUACCUAGCCCGGGGCUCCAAAUGUUCUUCGCUGGGGGCCCGGACCCCUUACUACCCCGCCCCCACCAGGCGCUUUUUGGGUCGCCAGGAGGCAAGCCAGCCUGUCCUGGGGACUUGGGCAAGGGGGUCCCGGUUCUAAACGCGCCAGGGCGGAGAGAGGGCGGCGCCUGGAGGUUCCGAAGGAGCCGACCCGCCCACUUGAGCUUUUAACCUUAAGGGAGUUUCUUGCUUGAAGGUGUCGGGAAGGGGGGUUCGGGCCAUUCACGAAACAAACAAACAAACAGAGGACCAAAGCUCCCGGCUGCUGGGGGCGAAGGAGGAGCGGGGAGGCUCUAUAAUUAUUUUCUAAGACGACCAGGGAUGUUUGUUGUGCGCGACAGCCCGCUGAGGAGGCAGAGGGCCAGCUGCGACGCGUUUCGGAGUUGGCGGAGUUUUUGUUUUCUAAAAAAAAAAAGUUGGGGAGAAAAACUAAAAUUCCUUUAAAACAAGAUAUAUAAAACUGACUUUCCCCUUUGUAUGCUGGAUGCUGCAUGAGUCUGAAACACCAAUAAAUGGAGACUGCAUGAGACUCGG